AGACCGAUCGGUUGCCGAUUCGACGAAUAAACUUGUGAAUGACAAAGGAAGACAUAUUGCGGAGUGGAAUAAUUCCGUGAGAUGGAAAAAGCGAGGAUAACAAUCGACCAGGAGAGGAUGACGUGUGACGGUGAUGCUCGUCGGGUGAUGAUAUCGAAGAACGCUUCGUGUAUUUUCAUGGUAACCUACAGCUGCGAAAUAAGUUCGUGGCCGAAAGAGAUUUGAGACAGUGAAUAAAGUUGGGGAAAAGGAAACGCGUUCAAAAUGGCGAAUCAGACCGGGAACAUCGAGCUUCUUCAGACUCAGCCUGAGGGCAGCGAAGAGGAAGUCGACAAGGAGUGGGAAGAGUUCACAAGACUCAUGGCUAAGCUAAAGGGAAACAGAAAGAACCAUCCUCACAGGCCAUCUCAGGCUUUCUACCCAUGUCCUCCGCCAAAUCCCGAAGAAGAGCAACAGGAAUUCGACGCCUUCGACUACAUUAACACUUUUAUGUAUGGACGUUACACGAAGGACCUGGGUGAAUACGCAAAAGAAGAAGCAAGAAGACUUCGAUUGCACGACAGAGCCAGACGGAAAUUGGACAAGGACCGUACCCACGAACUGAGGAAGUCUAAAAAGCGAGGACCGAUAUGUAGAAAACUGUUAGCCGUGCUUGCGUUCACAUGGAAACACACGGGGGCCCGUUUAGGCGAGGAUUGGGUUUUCCUCGCUCUCCUCGGCGUCAUCAUGGCCAUUCUAAGCCAUGCUAUGGACAAGGGCAUUUCACUUUGCAACAACGCGAGGAUAUGGCUAUACCAAGACCUGACGACACAGCCGGCACUGCAGUACCUAGCAUGGGUGUCACUUCCGGUGUGCCUGAUCCUCUUCAGCGCAGGUUUCGUGCACAUCGUAGCACCGCAGAGCAUAGGAUCAGGGAUCCCGGAGAUGAAAACGAUCCUACGAGGAGUGGCGUUGAAGGAGUACCUGACGUUCCGAACGUUGGUGGCGAAGGUGAUCGGAUUAACGGCAACGCUGGGUUCGGGUUUGCCGUUGGGCAAAGAAGGUCCAUUCGUGCACAUAGCGAGCAUAGUGGCAACACUGUUGUCAAAGCUGGUCACGAGUUUUCAGGGUAUCUACGAAAACGAAAGUCGAAAUUGCGAGAUGCUGGCUGCGGCUUGUGCCGUUGGUGUGGCAGCCUGUUUUGCCGCACCAAUAGGUGGUGUCCUCUUCAGCAUCGAAGUAACGACGGUUUACUUCGCCGUGAGGAAUUACUGGCGAGGUUUUUUCGCCGCGGUUUGCGGUGCGACCACCUUCAGACUGCUCGCCGUUUGGCUGAACAAGGAAGAAACCAUCACCGCCAUGUUUCCGACAAAUUUUACCGCCGAGUUCCCCUUCGAUCCCCAAGAGUUAUUCGUUUUCGCUCUUAUCGGUGUGGGAAGCGGUCUUGGCGGUGCUUUUUACGUAUGGCUUCACAGGCAGUACGUCAUAUUCAUGCGGAAGAACAAGAGUAUGAACAGGUUCCUUCAGAAAAACCGGUUUUUGUAUCCCGGAAUCGUCACCCUCUUGGUAGCAACGAUUUCGUUUCCAUUGGGCUUGGGUCAGUUCAUGGCAGGAGAUUUAACGACCCACGAACAGGUGCUUGGAUUGUUCGUAAACUUCACGUGGACGAAGACGGACUUGACGGUUCUGGAGAUGAACGUCCUUCAGCACUGGUCAUCCGUAUACACAGACGUCUUUGUUGGUCUCUUCAGCUACGUCGCCUUCACUUUCAUAUUCUCCAUAAUAAGUUCAACCGUACCAGUUCCUUCGGGUAUAUUCAUACCAGUUUUCAAAAUCGGAGCAGCACUUGGUCGAGCCGUCGGAGAAGGGAUGGCUCUUUGGUUCCCCACCGGCGUCAGAUACGGCGGUAUUAGUAACGCAAUUACACCCGGAGGCUACGCGACCGUUGGAGCAGCGGCCUUUUCCGGUGCGGUAACGCACACCAUAUCAGUGAGCGUAAUAGUGAUCGAAAUGACCGGUCAGAUAACGCAUAUAGUGCCAAUAAUGAUCGCGGUACUGAUAAGCAACGCUAUAGCGGCGCUCUUGCAGCCGAGCAUAUACGACAGUAUAAUACUAAUAAAGAAGCUGCCCUACUUACCCGACUUGUUGCCAUCGAGUUCAGGAAUGUACAACGUCUACGUCGAGGACUUUAUGGUCCGUGACGUGAAGUACAUCUGGCACGGAAUCACCUAUCAAAAGCUAAAGGAUAUACUAAAGGAGAACCGAAAGCUGCGAGGGUUUCCGCUUGCGGAUAACCCGGGCUCGAUGAUACUUCUUGGCUCCAUCCAGAGGUUGGAGCUGAUCAAGCUGAUAGAGAAGCACAUCGGUCGAGAACGGAGGCUUCAGGUUGCUCAGAAGUGGCAAAAGGAAGCGGAGGAACGAGCUAGAGAGGAAAUGGAACGACAGCUUAGAGAACAGGAGAGAACCCGGAGGCCUUCGAGAUUCGAAGUAAUUCCAGCGCCCGAUAUUCUCAAACUUCAACGCCAGAGCGCCAGCGAUCUCACAACUACCGGAAAUGACGCGCACGCCUUCCACUCACCGAUAUUCGGAUCCCAGCCGAAGAAGUCGAUCCUUAAGAAGACGCACUCGUUCACUCUGAAGGGUUUCAGCCCUUUGGUAAGUCCGGCAGUGACGCCAUACACGACGGUAACGGGAGCUGAAAGCAGAAUCCGACUGGCGUUCGAGGCCAUUUUCCGGAAAUCAGCAACCCUGCAAGACGUUGACCCCGAUCCAGAAAUGGGCUCUGGCGGAAGUGUGAAUGCGAACAGACAGGGCAGCAUCGAUGUGUUGAACGUGCCUUCCCACCUGCAUACCCAGUUCUCACCGAGUCCCAAUACAUCGAAGAAGGUUCAGCUGCCACGCGAGAGGGUGAUCGACAUGUCGGCGGAGGACCAAAAACAGUGGGAAGAAAGCGAAAUGGCGCUCGAGGUUGACUUCUCACGAUGUCACAUUGACCCCGCGCCUUUUCAACUCGUCGAGCGAACCUCGUUGCUCAAGGUUCACAGCCUGUUCAGCAUGGUGGGCGUUAACCACGCGUACGUAACGGCGAUUGGACGGCUGGUCGGUGUGGUGGCUUUGAAAGAGCUACGAAAAGCGAUCGAGGACGCGAACUCGGGUAUAAUUCCGGUUCACGGCACCGAGACGGGGAUCCAUGGAUCGGAUUCAACUUUAGGUGGUGUUGAAGUGCCCUCGGAUUCAAAAACCCAAAUAACAAUAAACUCGGUUACAAAUUCCGUGACGCAGGAUGACGACAGCGAAAUAUCUCCACCGCACAAUCACCACGAGAAGGUAUGAAAAAUACAAGGUUUAACAAUCCUAAUAUUAUACGCAUAUACAAUAUACAUAGUGUAAACCAAGCAAUUGUGAUAUAGCAUACUCUCCUAUAUAUUUAAAUAUAUAUAUAUAUAUAAUACCUAUAAUAAAAAUCAACCUACGUUUAAAAACGGUGCGAUUAUAAUUUAUAUAGACGCACAAUAAUUUAAUACGGUUCAACAAUGCACAUAAAAUUGUUGAAAAUUCACAAGAAUAACGAUUGAUGUCCCUUAUACAACGCGGUGUAUACAGGUAGAAUUAGUAAGAUAAACGAGAACGACGAUUACGAUGAUUAUAAACGAAUUGUAAAAAUAAUUACCACUAUGAUUAUUGUUAUCGUCGUUUUUCGUUUUUAAUUAUAACAUCGGUGCUCAAAUUAUGCUGCAGCUUUACACAGCUUUAUUUAGGUUUACAGAUUGAUUAAUUGAUUGAUUGAUUGAUUGAUGUAUAUGGUGUCGGCAUAUAAUUGUCCAGUUUGUAUACUGUAUACUGCUAUGCAGACGUGUCUAUUGUAGUGUAAGUGUGAGAAAUUGUAUGAUUGGGAAGUUUUUUUUUUUCUUUCGAAUCAAACAAACCGGUGAACAGCUAUUAUACAUAUAAUGCCAAGUAAAGGUAAAGAUAUUGAUAUAAAAAUGCAAUGUAACAAUCGGUAUUAUAUAAGUGUCGAUUUGCUUUUUAUUUUGCUUUUUUUUUUUUUUUUUUGUUUCUCUAAUUUUUAGGGCUUUUUUUUAUCGCCUUUCAAUCGUUAAAUCGUAUCUUGUAUCUAGUCUACAACAAAAUAUAAAAUCCCACUACUAUUCACUAAUUAUUUAUAUAUCAUGAUCAUUUACUUAUCAAUUUGUUCUUCUCUGCCUUUUGAAGUUCGUUUCAUUGAAUGUAUAAUUUUUCAUGAAUAUAGUGAAUGAGAAAGUUGAAGUGACGAAACAAAAUACAAACAAUCGUUUAGAGAGCCAGAAUUUGCUUUUUGAAAUGCAUUUUUUCUUGUUAAAUUCUUUCUUUGUAAAUUAUUCAACUUGUAUUCACUGAUUUGUCUAUGUGUUUUAUUCACUAAAUGUUUCUAUUUUUAGUUUUAUUUCUUUUGACUAGAAACAACCGAGUUUGAGGAUAGAUAUUGUAUGUAAAAUAAUAGAAUGAUCAGGAUAUAUAAUAAUAUGAAGAAUAUAAAGUAUCUCGAUAGAGAAUUUUUUAUGUCAAAUAACGGUAGAUAACUAUCGAAUAUACAUCUGAUAAAUAUUUAAAUCCUAACAUAAACACGGUUGUGCCAGAAAUUAUUUGUUUAUAACGUAUUGUGUGUAUACGCAAAUAUAAAAUACGUAAUGUGCGCGUGUGUGUGUGUGUGU